UUGGAUUUCCACUCAGACCCUGUCCAAGUCGUGCAGGCGUGUUCAUAAGCGCGUGUCCCACGCGGCUCGCCGUAGCGCCACGCUCAGAGGGUGGGUUGGAGCAACGCAAAGGCAAAGAGGUCAAGAGGAGGGGAGGAGAAACCACGUGUGAUCACUACCAUGUACAGCACUGUCCUUCCUCGGUAGACUUGUUUUUGUACGCUCGUACCCUUCGCAUGUAGCCAACUAGCCCGCGUUAGCCGGAGAAGCAGAAUUGUUUGCAUUUCUUUCGACAGACUCGCAUAUUAGAGCAAAGCUGCGGGGGGGUUUUUGUCGCCACACUGACUGCCGACCAUGGUAAGCAAGACAGAUGACAUCCCGGCGUCGGUGCCUAACUGUAAUCCGGUUGAUCUUGCGGAUGAAGCCGGGGAUGGAGCCCAGGACGCCAGUGAGACCAGCAAGACGCACGUGAAGGAGUCCUGCGGUUGUGGGCACAGUGCAGAUACAGUCAUGGUGAAUGGUGAUGGGGCUCAUGGGCACACAGAAUCCAAGCAGGAUGGAAGCACCGAGACGGAUGGAGAAGAGGAGUCCAACGAACAGGAAGUGAUAGUGAUCCAGGACACGGGCUUCACCGUUAAGAUCCAGGCACCUGGAACGGAGCCAUUUGACCUGCAGGUGUCUCCCCAGGAGAUGGUACAGGAGAUCCAUCAGGUGCUGAUGGACCGUGAGGACACUUGUCACCGUACAUGCUUCUCACUACAGCUGGAUGGAAAUGUGCUGGACAACUUUGCUGAGCUCAAGUCCAUAGAGGGCCUUCAGGAGGGCUCGGUGCUUAAAGUCGUGGAAGAGCCCUACACCGUGCGUGAAGCUCGCAUCCACGUGCGUCAAAUCAGAGACCUGCUGAAAAGCCUGGACCCUUCAGACGCAUACAACGGAGUGGACUGCAUCUCCCUCUCCUUCCUCAGUAUCUUUACUGAUGGAGACCUUGGAGACAGUGGUAAGAGAAAGAAAAAGGGCACCGAGCUGGAGCAGAUUGACUGCACCCCCCCAGAACACAUCCUCCCUGGAAGCAAAGAUCGACCUCUGGUGCCAUUGCAGCCACAAAACAAGGACUGGAAGCCAAUGCAGUGCCUGAAGGUCCUGACUAUGAGCGGCUGGAACCCUCCACCUGGAAACCGAAAAAUGCACGGUGACCUCAUGUACCUGUACAUGGUUACGGUGGAGGAGCGCCAUGUCAGCGUUACUGCCUCUACACGCGGCUUCUACCUCAACCAAUCUACUACAUACAAUUUCAACCCCAAGCCAGCGAAUCCCAGCUUCCUCAGCCAUUCUCUGGUGGAGCUGCUGAGCCAGAUCAGCCCCGCCUUCAAGAAGAACUUCACUGCUCUGCAAAAGAAAAGGGUCCAGAGACACCCAUUUGAGAGAAUAGCUACACCUUUCCAGGUUUACAGCUGGACAGCUCCACAAGUGGACCACGCUAUGGACUGUGUUCGAGCCGAGGAUGCCUACACCUCCCGCCUGGGUUAUGAGGAGCACAUUCCUGGACAGACCAGAGAUUGGAACGAGGAGCUACAGACCACCAGAGAGCUGCCCAGGAAGAACCUGCCUGAACGGCUGCUGAGGGAAAGAGCCAUAUUCAAGGUCCACAGUGACUUUGCAGCAGCUGCCACUCGGGGUGCUAUGGCAGUGAUCGAUGGCAACGUCAUGGCCAUCAACCCUGGCGAGGAAACGCGCAUGCAGAUGUUCAUCUGGAACAACAUUUUCUUCAGCCUCGGCUUCGAUGUGCGGGACCACUAUCGCGAGCUGGGUGGCGAUGCAGCAGCACACGCGGCACCCACCAACGACUUGAAUGGCGUCCGAGCUUACGGGGCGGUAGAUGUGGAGGGACUGUACACUCUGGGCACAGUAGUGGUGGACUACAGAGGAUACCGGGUCACUGCCCAGUCCAUUAUCCCAGGUAUUCUGGAGCGUGAGCAGGAGCAGAGCGUCAUCUAUGGCUCUAUUGACUUUGGAAAGACGGUUGUAUCGCACAGCAAGUAUUUGGAGCUUCUGGAGAAGACCAGCAGGCCACUCAAGAUCCAGAGACACAAGGUGCUGAAUGAGAAGAAUGACGCCGUGGAGCUGUGCUCCUCUGUCGAGUGCAAAGGCAUCAUUGGAAAUGAUGGCAGACACUAUAUUCUGGAUCUUCUUCGCACUUUCCCCCCUGACCUAAACUUCCUGCCUGUGGAUGGAGAGGAGCUUCCUCCAGAGAGUCAGCGCCAGGGCUUUCCCCGCCAGCACCGCCACCGCCUGGCUUGUUUACGCCAGGAGCUCAUCGAGGCCUUUGUGGAGCACAGAUAUCUUCUCUUCAUGAAGAUGGCAGCGUUACAGCUCAUGCAACAGAAAGCAAACAAGGAGUCUAAUAAGACUGAGAUACCUGCCAUCACAGAUGCCUCUGAAGCAUCCACAGAACACAAUAAUGAUACAACCGAGACACAAAGCACCACACCAGUCUCUGCUAAUGCAACAGAUAAAAGCACCUUAGCUGCCUCACAGGCAGAAAGUAGCUGUGAUGCAAACUCCUUGAAUGCCACCACAAACGGACCUGUAGAUUCUUCAGUCACCCAAAAUGGGGAAUGCAAAAGCCCACUGGAGAGUAAGGAGCUUGAAGAAAGUAUUCCGGGAUUAGCUCAGGCCAAAGAGCUGGCGGAGACCUUGGUUGCUGAAGAUGGAUCUGGUAUUGAUCCCAAAAGCCGUGAGGUUGUCCUCAAUGCUUGCAAGGCAGUGGGCUCUAUCAGCAACACAUCUUUUGACAUUCGCUUCAACCCUGACAUCUUCUCCCCAGGAGUGCGCUUCCCAGAAGACAGCACAGAAGAAGUCCAGAAACAAAAGCAGCUCCUUAAAGAUGCUGCUGCCUUCCUGGUGUCCUGUCAGAUCCCAUCAUUGAUUAAGGACUGUUUGGAGCACAGCACUUUGCCUAUGGAUGGAACAACUCUGACAGAGGCCCUCCACCAGAGGGGCAUCAACGUUCGCUACUUAGGCACUGUCCUGGAGUUUGUGGACAAGACCCCUGCCAAAGCCCAGCUGGAGCACUUCUAUAGAAUAGGAAUUUGUGAGUUGAUCACCAGAUGUGCAAAACAUAUCUUCAAGACAUACCUUCAAGGCGUGGAGUUGUCUGCCCUCUCUGCUGCUGUAAGCCAUUUCCUGAACUGCUUUCUGAGCUCCUUCCCCGACGCUGUCGCCCACCUGCCUCCUGAUGAGCUGGUGUCACGUCGCAAGAGCCGCAAACGUCGCAACAGGGUCCCCGGUGGUGGGGACAACACGGCGUGGGCGAGCCUCACGCCCAGCGAGCUGUGGAAGAACAUUGCUACUGAGGCCCAGAGCUACUAUCACUUCACGCUGCAGUGUGAAAGCGUGGAUCAGGUGGUGGAGAAGUACGGCUUCCAGAAGAUCACUAUGCUCAGAGAAAUUUCUAUCAAAACUGGCAUCCAGAUUCUAAUAAAGGAAUACAACUUUGACAGCCGUCACAAGCCUGCCUUCACUGAGGAAGACAUCCUGAACAUUUUCCCUGUUGUGAAGCACGUCAACCCUAAAGCCUCUGACGCAUUCCACUUCUUCCAGAGUGGACAGGCUAAAGUGCAGCAAGGGUUCCUGAAGGAAGGUUGUGAGCUGAUCAACGAGGCUCUUAACCUCUUCAACAACGUGUAUGGAGCCAUGCAUGUAGAAAUCUGUGCAUGCCUGCGGUUGCUGGCGCGCCUUAAUUACAUCAUGGGAGACCAUGCAGAGGCGCUCAGUAACCAGCAGAAGGCCGUGCUGAUGAGUGAAAGAGUCCUCGGCAUCGAGCACCCCAACACUAUCCAAGAAUAUAUGCACUUGGCUCUGUACUGCUUUGCCAACGGUCAGUUGUCUACCGCCUUGAAGCUGCUGUAUCGUGCUCGUUACCUUUUGUUAUUGGUUUGCGGUGAGGACCACCCAGAAAUGGCGCUGCUAGAUAGUAACAUUGGUCUGGUGCUACAUGGAGUGAUGGAGUACGACUUAUCCUUGAGAUUCCUGGAGAACGCCUUGACUAUCAACACAAAGUAUCACGGACCCCGGUCCCUCAAAGUGGCCCUCAGCCACCAUUUGGUUGCGAGGCUUUACGAGAGCAAGGCAGAGUUCCGCUCUGCACUACAGCACGAGAAAGAUGGCUACACCAUUUACAAAAACCAGAUGGGUGAAGCCCAUGAGAAAACCAGAGAGAGCUCAGAGUAUCUGAAGUAUCUCACCCAGCAGGCUGUUGCUCUGCAAAGAACCAUGAAUGAGAUCUAUAAGAAUGGCUCCAACGCCAGCAUCAUGCCACUUAAGUUUACUGCCCCAAGCAUGGCCAGUGUUCUGGAGCAGCUCAACAUCAUCAACGGCAUCAUAUUUAUACCUCUCAGUCAAAAAGAUCUAGAAAACCUGAAGGCAGAAGUGCAGAGGCGACAGCAGCUGCAGGAUCUUGGGAAGAGUGAGGAGCCCACUGAAAACAGCCCACUGGAACUAGAGGACAAAAUUCCCAUUGAUUAACAUAGAGAAAUCCUCAACAUGGCUACUGCCUGCUAUGGGGGGUGGGGAGACGCUGUGAUGCAGCAGCUCCUGUCACUGAGCCUGUGGACACAUGGACCGAGCAUUGAAAUGAAGGGGAGUUAUGAGAAUCAGGGCCGUCCAGAGAAUAAACUAUAUGGGACAGUAGGACAUAAGAAUAAAGGCAGAAUAAAUUCCUACAGCGUAGGAAUUGACGGAGGGAAAACGUAAAACCAUAGAAUCACUGUUAAUGUGCAAUGUGAAAAAUCCUCAGCGCGAGAACCUGGUGACAAAGUCCUUCAAGGUGCCAGCUGCUUACAAAUGUGUUCAUAUGAAAGAGUGAUUGCAGCUGGUGGUGGAAGACCAUUAAUGACCAUGACAUUGUAAACCAGAGCCUUAUCCACUGUACCAUAUUCCCCAAAUAUUGCUUGUUCUCAACUCUGACUUCCCAGAGUUCUUUAAGCCCAGGACCACAUUUUGCCCCCCCUCACAUUCUCUAGAGAGCCUUGAACACCCCUGAGCAUAUAGCCACCCUGUGAUGGCGCUAUAAGCCACUUAGCACCUGCCCUGCCCUCAAACUCAGGGGUACUUUCUACUGUGCACUAAGAUCAAAUUGCAGUUCCUAAAUUUGAGAUUUUAAGUGGGGCCUCUGAAUGUAAAUUCCCCUCUCAAUCAUCCGUCAUGCUUACAUGUCCCUGAUGAUUAACUAAUUAUUUUUAUCAUUUGUACUUGCGACAUCCCAGGUGGGUGCCUGACGAGUCCAAUUGCUCCUGUUUGUCCAAGCAGUCAAACGGUACAGUGACAAGUCUAUGAGCAUUCAACCAGUUUGAUUUAAUUUGCUGGAUUUUUUUUCUUUUUUAAAGAAAAAUAUUAUAAUUUUGGAAAAGUACACGAGUUAGGAGGAUGGUAUUUUAGGCCUGUUAAUCAUCAAGUAAUUUAAGCCAUGUCUGUUUUAUAGGAAAUGUAUAGAAGUGGAAAAAGAUGUAUAAAUCGCUACCAGAUUUAGACAGGUACUUGAGUGACAAGGGAAAAGGCAGAUUUGACAAACGUCCACCUUACACAGUAGAUUUAUCCAUAGACUAGCUGUGUUUAAUCUUCUAUUUUUACACACUGAAAGAAAAUAUGUGCAUGUAUGUGCGUGUGUGUGUCCUUGUGUAGUCUGACUGUCUUUACUGGCCAGGGCUGCUGCUGCAUUCACUGCUGCAUAGUGUGAAUAGAGGCUACAUGAACAUCUGCUUUCCAAAUGUUUUAUUUUUCUAUUCAUAGUACACCUGUUGGAUGGCUGAUACCUCUUUUCUUAAAAUAUUCAUGGCCACCAAUGUUGUUGAUCUGCUUGUGUGUGAAUUGGUACUGCAACAAACCUCUUCACAACACUGGACAGAUGCUCAGCAUUGGCAGUAGUGACUGAUUUACUGUUGCUGGGUUUCUUUUGUGUUUUUCUAUUUUCGGGCCAUAUCAUCUUUUCAUAUGUAACGUGUAGCAGUGACUGUUCAUUGAGCUCACUCUUUAGUGAUGUUUGGACAGGUCACUACAUUCACGGCACAACCAGGAUUUGAGACACAGAAGGGCUGCCUCACCAUGAUGUACCAAAAAAGAGAGAGCUGAUGACGGAUUGUUUGUGCUUGUAUACAUGCAAUGUAUUCCUUCCAUGGCAGUUUGUUACUUAAUUGUUGCCGUGUCGAAAUGUAUGUGAUUAAAGCAAUAGCAAGAUGGUGCUGGA